UGUGGCAGUCCAGCGCAGCUUAGGCGUUUAAGAUCCCGUUCCGGGGCUAUCGCGCUCUCUUCCACGCCUCCAAGAUGGCGGUGAGUAGCUUGUGUUUGAGGAGUUGCGCGGAGGGACCCCUUGAAUCCGCCGCCAUCCUUCCGUGUCCGAGUCCUUCUGGGCAGGAAUUUACUCAGACGCGGCGGGGAAGGGCUGGGGGCUUUCCAUGGGGCCGUUUUGGGAAGCGGCGAGAGUCUCGCCGGGCGGAGAGGGAGGGCCGUAGGAAUAGCUGGCCCUGUGGCUAAACCAGGCUAAGGAGUCGAGCUUCCUCCUUUGGAGAGGCCUUAAACGUGGGUCUGGAGAUACUGUGGUCCUCCAGGCCCUCUUAUCUCUGACCAUUGGGCAAGCUGACUGGGCCUGAUGGGAUGUUCCAUUCCCAUCCUCCAUUCCACACUCGGUUCUCUUUGGGGUGCGCGCUCCGGGAAAUCAGUGCAUCCCCCAAACUUCACUUUCUUUGGGGCUGCAUUUUCUAACCCAGGAUGCUUUUCCUUGGGUGAUAGGUGGUUGCCAGCUCUCCCUUCUGUUUCUUCUCCCCGCCUCCAACUUGGGUUUUUUGAGAACAGCAUGAUAACACAAGAAAAGCAGCCAGUGCAAUUUGCCCUGUUGCUUUUGUCUCCAUGCUUGAAAAAGCUUCGCUUGCUGAAUUCUGUAGAUGUAGUUCUCUCUCUUAAGGCUGAAGGGUUUUUUUGGGGGGGUGCUGGAGGGUUUGAGGGAUAGAAUACCUCAUGCAAGGAAAGUUCAUUGCACACAGAAAGUUGGUAUGUUGUUUGAAAGGCUAGUUUAGAAUAUUUCUACCUAGCAUACUAGAAGUCUAGGGAAAGGCUAGACUGUUUGCUAUCUUGUUGUUUUUGUUGUGCUUUUUCUGGGCAAAGCCUGUCCAAAGUAGUUUACAAACAACAAAAAUGGCAGGUAUAAAAAGUCAGUAUUACUAAAAACAGGGCUAAAACAAAUUCAUGAUGUUAAAAACAAACCAGGACCUGUUGCAUGUCUGGUUCUUGUUGUGUUUACCUUUGUGUAUUGGUCACCAGUUUUUACAGAAACACCUCAAACUUUGAAACACAUCCAGAAUUAGGAACCAUCUUAACAAUUACUGUGUUUCUCAUGGUGCCGCUUAUUCUACUCUAUAAGGUGCUCGUGUGAUAGCAGUGGUACAUAUAUUGAUGUUGAGGUAUUGGAAGGCUUCCAGUAGGGAAGAAAAGGCUUUGGGAUAGGAUUUUUCAAAAGCCUGUACUAAUCACAUUUUGUUGGCUAGUAGGCUGAUUUUCUUUUUCUUGAAGCUUGCCUACUAGAGCAGAGUAAGGGGACUGGGCAGACAAAGGAGUUUGAUGGUAAUUUGGCCCUUUUCCUCAAGUGGAUGGGCAGUGUCAACAGUAUUGGUAAGCCAUAACAUUUGGAGAGGGUAGGAUCUAGUUCAGGAAUCUUUCUAAAUUGCAAUAAUGAGAGAUGACUAUGGUGAAUACCACAAAGAGGGGUGGAGUAGCCACUUGAAGGCCUUUUAGGGUCCAGGGCAAGGAUGAGGAACCUUUGGCUCUCUGGCUGUUGCAACUCCCAUCAUUCCUGACUAUUGGCCAUGCAGGCUGGGACUGAUGGGAAUUGGAGUCUAACAUAAUGUGGGGUAGGGCACACAUUCGCCACCCCAGCCUAGGGUUUCAUGCUAAAUUGCCAACAUGGGGACAUAAGAUAUGCUUGUAAACGUUAAGCGUCUUAUGAAAACUUGUCCCAGCCCUUGUGUUAUGCCGUGUGAGUUGAGUAUAGAGAAAAGCUGUCGCUGGUUUAACUGCUUUCUUUCCCCCACCAUUGCACAGCAACAAGACAAGGGUGAGAAGGAGAACCCCAUGCGGGAGCUGCGCAUCCGCAAACUCUGCCUGAACAUCUGUGUUGGGGAAAGUGGAGACAGGCUUACCCGGGCAGCCAAAGUGCUGGAGCAGCUCACAGGCCAGACUCCUGUUUUCUCCAAAGGUAAGCUUUUUUGGAAGACUGUUACUGACGUUUCUAGAGCAAGAAGGCUGAAAUUUUAUUCAUACCAUUUUAUUUUUAUUUUUUGAAAAACAAAAGGAGGAUCAGUUUCCGUGCAGGAUGUAUAGCAGUGUUUCCAAAGUUAUUUAAGACCAUUAGUGGUCUGGAAACUUCAUUUGCUUCCCCUUGCCCAGACUUCUCUUUUUGUUGUGUGGGUGGGCACCCUGGUCCAGCUUAACGCAUGCACAGCAUGGUGACUAGGGCAAAAGAAUAGGGAAAGGUGAUUGCCCCAGGGCAGGAAGUCAGGGAAUGGGUUGACCCACCUCAUAGUUCUCUACAUCAAAUUGGAUUGAUUUUGAACUGGAAUCCACACUGUAGCGCCCAGGUCUUUGUCCUUUGCAGACUUCCCUUUAACUAUGAAUUCUAGAAACCUUUAAAAAAGAGAAUUGGAUUCUUAAGUUAGCCUAUCAGUAUUACCAAAAGUAGACUUUAGCUCAGGCCUCUCUGUCUAGUGCUCUCUAGAAGUUUGGGCGGCAACUUCCAGCAGCCUCACUAAGCACAGCUAGUGGGUAAGGGUAAUGGAACUUGUCCAAAAACAUAUGGUGAGUACUAGGUUGGGAGAAGUUUAAGCCAUUGACUGGGGCUGCUUACAGCUGGUGUUUUUGUUGGGGAAUUGCCACUCAAACCCAUUUCCUGAUCAACAGUGAUGCAUGCCUUCCCUUCUUUGUGCUUGCAGUCACGUGGCCUGUCAACAAGUUUUCUGUAUAGCUUGUUUGCAGAUGUGGACCUACUGUCUGGAAGUUGUAAUCUUAAACUUGGAGCUGGGUGUUUGGUGGACAUUUCUGACCACCAUAUUUUUGUUUUCCUUGAAUAUGGCAUGUCAUAUGUGUCCUUUUGCUGACCCUUUGAGCAAACUUAAGAAAAGUUGUGUUUCUUCUUCAGCUCGAUACACAGUCAGGUCCUUUGGGAUCAGGAGAAAUGAGAAGAUAGCCGUUCACUGCACUGUACGCGGGGCCAAAGCUGAGGAGAUCUUGGAGAAAGGGUUGAAGGUGAAGUGCUGUCCUUGCUGUAUUUGGAUGUUUUCUUAAGAGAACUUGGCACACGCAAGGCGGAAAAUGUCAAAGCUUAAAGCUGAUGUCAAUGUUUCAGGUGCGAGAAUACGAGCUGAGGAAGAAUAACUUCUCUGACACCGGCAACUUUGGCUUUGGAAUCCAGGAGCACAUUGAUCUGGGGAUUAAAUACGAUCCUAGUAUUGGUAUCUACGGCUUGGACUUCUAUGUGGUUUGUAUACUUAGCUUACCCUUUUGCAUUCUUAGGCUGUAAUCCAGAGGUCAUGUCUGUAGAGUUGUUUUGUGAGUCUUACUAACGCUGAGCCUUGGUGCCACUGCAGUGGUAGCUGCCAUUUUCUGCAUGGUUGGACACACAAGAGAGGGGCUGUUGCCCUAAAACAAAUCUGGGGAGCCUGAACUUAAGUUGUAGCAAGUGCACUUGGUGCAUGCAUGCAAGCAAAUAUUUAUUGAUAAAAGUAAACAGCUGCAAAGACCUAUUGGCAUAGAAGGUUCUUCAAGAUAUGCCUAAAAGUCAGAAGCAAGGAUGCCUGCUGAAUCUCUCCUGGAAGACUAUUCCACGGUGCAAGAACAGCAACACUAAAUGCCUGAUUUAUAGUUGAGACUAGUUGGGCCUCUAUAAACACAGGAGAAAACUAAAUGCUCUCCACAGAGGGUCUCUGUGAUUGACCUGGUAUAUAAGGGCUUAGCAAAUCCUUAAGGUAUCCUGAGACCAAGUUGUUCAGGGUUUGUAGAUCAACACAAGAGUCUUGAACCUGGCCAAGUAGCAUAAAGGGAGUCAGUGCAGAAGUUUUAGCAAAGGUGUCACGUGCUUUCAGCUCCCAUCAGUGGUCUAGCUGCUGCAUUCUGCACCAGCUAGAGCUUAUGGACCAGAACAUGCCAUGAUACUUUAUUGUUUGAAUCUGUAUCUAGUUAACAUUUGUAUCUAUGGACACCUGAGUUGCGUAUGAGGUUAGGUAGGCCCAAAAUAUGUGGUUUGAUGUGUGUGGGCCCUCUCCCUGCUCUGUGCCCCUGUGCUAUAACAACUGGCAACAGCUGUAGAAAGGGAACCCUGUGGUUUGACCAAUUAACACUUUUUACUUUCUCUGCAAACUUUGCCAUUGGAUAUGCUCAUGUUCAAAUUCCCACUUUAUCAAGCUUAUUGGGUGAGAAGAGUCUCCUUUCUCAGUCUAUUUUAGCUGACAGGGCAGCUGUGAGAAUUGAAUAGGAACAAAUUGUAAAAGCAUCAACUGAAAAGCACUACUGGAAUGACUGCUGCUGUGCUUUACUGCUGCAGCCAUACAGGCCUGCAACAGAAUCGUUUUUUGAAUAGUUUACUGUGUGUUCCUGGGGCGAGAUUGACAUGUAUGUCCAGUGAAGCAUUGCUGACACUGCUCCUAAGAUAAUUUUAAUUGACUUGCUGAAAGUUGCCUUGUUACGCUUACUGUUUUAAAAAUAGAUUGCUGCAUUUAUUUAUUUAUUUCCCAGAUUCAUUUUCUCCAGUCUUUUUUUUUUUUACAAAAAUUAAAAACAGAAAGUUAAAAAUUAUAUAAAAUAUAAUAGUUUAAAAGUAAUUAAACUAUACUGGAAUCAAAAGGAUAUUGUCAGUUUUCUGCUCUGUUUUUUGAUAGUCAGUUUUGGGGUAAGUCCCUUUGUGGGGGCCACGCAGGCGAAAAAAUGGCUUUACAAUGAAUACAUUAAAUAGCUGUUCAUGUAACAUUAUGUCUAUAGAUUCUUUAAAAGGAGCAUAGGAAUUAGUCCUCAGCAAGUGUUGCUCAUGAUGGCUUUGCUUAUCUCAUUAAUGUUGGAAAGGGGGGCAUAGCAUUUUAAUCUUCAGGCCUACAUCUGAGGUAGGUUAGUCUAGGAGAGUGACUUGCAUCAGAUCACCCAGCUCUUCCUGUUACCCAGGUCCUGCAUCCAAAUUCAACACUCUAGCAGCUGCUGCAGUGUGUUUACUCUGUGAGAAGCUGUGAACCCCCUUCUUGGGUGCUAUGGAUAACUUGGGUGCUUUUCUUAAAUUUCUUUCUCGAACACUAUGAAAGAUGGAAGUCUAUCUGAAAAGGCUUUCUAAAGGUAGGUCUUCAGGACUCAGCGAGGCUUGUGUUUCUGCUGCAGGUUUUGGGCAGGCCAGGCUUCAGCAUUGCUGACAAGAAGCACCGAACUGGUAGCAUUGGGGCCAAGCACCGAAUCAGCAAGGAGGAAGCCAUGCGUUGGUUCCAGCAGAAGGUAGGUUUUGCUGCAUUUUAAGCUGCGAACAAGCUUGCAAAACAUGUUUAGUCCACUUUGUUGACCUCUUUGUGUUAGACCAAUAUAUCUAAAAGAAACUAUCCCUGCCCUCCCCUCCCCUCCCCCAAGUGUACAGUGAUGCCAAAAUCAAUUGGAGGCUUAACAGUACAAUCUAGUGCAAUCAACUGUUUCUGGCCUUAGCAUCUUUAGGAUAGGGUUUACAGUUAGCUUGGCCCAUGUCAAACGGUCAGCGAGAGCAGAGGUAUGUUGAACUUUGCCACCUGGCCAAGCUCAAGGUUCUUGUGUUAAUUCGGUCCAAAGUACUGUAAGGGCAAUUAUGAUCUCUUAUGCUCCACCUAGAUGACUGAGGUCAUUUGAUGGAGCACUUCUUGGUGUUUUGCGCACUCCUGAAGCCCAAUCAGCCUUCACUAGGGACCAAGCCUUUAGUGUGGCAGACACUGCCCUGUAGAGCUCCCUGCCAGUAGAGGUUUGGCAGGAAUCACCCCUGCCUUCUUUUAGAUGUCUCCUAAAAAGGAUGUUGUUUAGAUAGGCCUUUGAAAUGUGAUUUUUUCCAAUUUGCAAUUUAUUUGUUUUUAUUGUAUGUUUUGUAUGGUGUAAAUUUUUAUGGAAGUGCUGUUUAUAAGUAUUUAAAUAAAAUAAUUGUGCUCAGUUCUUACCUUCCACUUCUAAAAGAAUCCCAGUACAUAAGUCUUCAGCAGUUCUGGUAGUUUGGAACAGUUUUGGAGAGCUGCAUUGAAUUGUUAGUGUUUGCCUACAUUAGUCUAAUGGCGCUCUGUUUAACAAAUGUAAAAGAUGUGUGUGACCUGUGCAUUCUGCAGCAAGGUGGCUGGAGAUUUUGGGGGUGGGGAGCAAUUCAUACAGUUCUUCACAGUAUUGGGAAAUGUUGUGAGCAGCAUCUCAAAAGUAUUUGGAAUAUGCUUCUGCAUGGCAAUAUCAUUAUUUACAAUGUGUAAGCAUCUCUUUUAUAGCACUCUUCCUGCUUAAAUGGCUUGUAAAUAUACUCUUGCCUUUCAGCCAAUCAGAAAUUGGUUCUUUUUCUGUGCCACAAAAAAUCACUAAUGUGUGGGCUGGUGCAGUCUGCUAACUUCUGAGUUUGUUUCCCAGUGCAUCAAAUCACUUUGCCGUAGACAUGAUUUGGGAGAAAUUUCCUGGUGGUGGCUAUGCUUUAAAGACUAGUCUUUCUUGCACAAUUAUUUUGAUAAUCCUUUUCUUCUCUUGCAGUAUGACGGCAUCAUCCUUCCUGGUAAAUGAAAAGUUUCCAGUAUAAAAAAGUCAAUAAAUUUUUCCACCAUUUAACUUGCU